AUGGCGUGCAACGAGAACGUUAUAAAGAAUAUGGCUAAUGAAAUCACUAGGAAUUGUCAGGCUAACAAUGUGACGGUAGAUCCCGAGUUUGUUACUUAUAUGAUAGACUUGUUGCUACUAAACCCCAAGUAUGGCAAACUCUUCGCGAAAACCAUCAAGAGGAACAAUUUGGCGUAUUUUGUUGAUGAGUGCGUCUCUAUGCUGACUGGUGACGGGACAGCGUUAAAUACGUUAAAAAUGCAGUUCAUUUUACAAAAAAACUACGAUAAACUUGAAAUAUUGAUUGAGAAGCAUUUAGGCCAUAUUGAGAAGUGCUUGGCGCCCCUAGUCGAUGAGAUUUUAGACAUGGAUCCCGGACUUAGCAAUGAAGCUGAAUUCCACAAACUGUUUCGGAAGAUGUCUAUUUAUUUCGUUCUUGCUAGUGGUUUGGGAAAUCCUAGCUACAUUGUUACGUUGAAAGAAGGUAUGGCGGCUUUAGAAAGUGUAUUCGGGAUGGAAGACUUAAAGGCAUUCGUAGCGUUGCCCCGUAGCGACAAAAGUCUGCAGCUCGAAGUACUUUUAGGCUAUACAUCUGGCGUGAGGCUCUUCAAUAGAGACUGCAGUAAAGGAGGUGAAGGAAUACCAGAUCUGCCUCUGAACUUGGUCGACGCGGGCAAGGCAUGCAUGUCUCUGCUAUCAAAUUCCCUAAUAACUAUAAUGCAACGAGUGAACAAGCUCACUACAGCUAUAGAAGAAGCUAUCACAAUACAGGAUGAAACUGGCAAUGUUAUUGUAGAUCUAAACAAGGUCAAUGAUCACAGUGAAUUGGCUAUAGGGGAUUACAAAGAAAUCUUCGACUUGCUUGCAUUUAACCGUCAGUAUGAAGUAUUUAUUCGGAAAUUAUUGGCCGAUGUGGAAUCUCUGACACUAAAGGGAGCUACAUAUGUGGAAAGGACGAAGGCAGUCCUCCAAGAACUGCAUGCUGCGGUCAAGUAUAAAGCGGCUGUACCUGUCCAGAAUGUGUUUCCACUGUUUACAAAGCUAUGGGAAGUUUGGCGCGCGAUGCAGAACGUUAUGUUCAUAAUAUCGAACGUAAAUAGACUGAUGGGGAUCAUGGGAAGCAUCCAGGAUAAGAUCAAGAUGCCUCUUGAUGUUCUUAACAAGAUGCUUCAAGGAAAAACCGUUACUACUGACCAUUGCAGAAUUAACAAUCGCCCAAGCACAGAAGAGAGGCUAUCACUGACCUCCUUGCAAAACUACGUUGGCUACCCAAGCAGUUCAGAUGUCCUUGGGGUCAAGCAAGCAGAGUUCUUAGGAUUUUGCGCAUUAUGUCUGGGUGUCGGUGCUCUGGUCCCUAGCAACGUAAAGAUAGGUCUCAUCAAAUUCAAAGGCGGGUACUACGGGUUUUGCAGUGUUAAAAUGGCCACCCGGUUCAGUAAAGAUCCUGAGAGAUACAUCAACGAAGCUCUGAACUACGCUCGCAACAACCCCCAUCUCAUCAACUUGCUUAACAUUGUGGAGAACGUGUUCAAAGUGAAGGACAUCGACGAUCUUGUUGUUGUUCGGGUACCGAAAAUAAAGGUCUUCGACAAGGAUAUCCAGACAGAGAUGCACCCAGUACCGACGUACAAAGAGAAAAACUACACGUGGGAUCUUUGGGAGUGGAAGAGAAGAGCUUGUCAAUGGGCCUCAAUAGUGAACUGUCAGACGCAUUCGACCCAAACGGUCUACAGUCACCUCCGUUCUGACAUACAAUGUCAGACGGUCGAGCCGAGAGACAAGAGCUUGCAGACCAACAAGGACGCUGGGAUGAACACCGUCAACUCCAACUACUUCCUAUGGGGUUUGAGGGGGCAUCGUGGCUAUGGACAACACGUCAUGGAUUUGAAGGCUCAACACUCUAUGGAGGGUCUUAAACCCUCAAUAAUAGCUACGUGCACUUGGCCAUGCUACAAUAAGAAAGAGGACCUUGGGGCAGAUGAGACUAUGGACGAAAACUUAAUCCACAGCGAGUGA